UAAUCUGGGUCGCGCAACCCCACAAAGGAAGAAUGAGGCCUACAUAUAUGCUUAGGGUUCUCAACAAGCAGUUUAUUGGAAUCGCCGGUGACACUGUAAAUGCUGUUGCUAAGAAGCUGACAUCAUCACCUCCUCUUGUGUCGCACAAACCGGCUUUUAUAGAUGCAUUCCUGUACAAGAUGAAAAAGAAUCCAGAACUUCUGAAGAAUAAAUCCAUUUGGUCACGGAGAUCUACUAUCUUGCUGGAAUUUGUUGAUUCCCAUGUCAAGAUUUACAACGGGAAAACCUUCAUUCGUUGUAAGAUCACCGAGGGAAAAGUGGGUCAUAAGUUUGGUGAGUUCGCCCUCACCAGGAAACGCAAAUCCAAAGACCAACCUAAUGCCAAAGUCAAACAACUCAAGAAAAAGAAGUGAUUUUUUUUAGGAGGUUGAUUUUCUGAAUAGUUUAUAUUCUGAAAAAGAAGUUUACUUAUUUACAUCAAUGUGGAUUAAGAAUAUGACUUCUUUCCAUCUGAUGUAUUUAACUUUGAGUAUUGACAACAAGAAUUGUUGAUCUCUUCUUGAUAUUGAUUUCUUUUUGGUGUAUUUACAUCAAUGUGGAUGAAUCAAUUGGGUUUAUUAACUA